AUGCCAAUAGGUAAACCUAUCACUAAAAGUCAAAUAACUAACCUCCUUAAACCAACAUGGAGUGUUAAUUCCAUUCUUAAUUCCACAAAAAUCCCAGAGAUUAGCCAGAAAACCGUGGAUAAAAUGAUCUUCAUCUCAGGUCUUGACGAUGACUUACAGUUCAAACAAUCAUUGGAGAAACAAUUAUCAGUAGUUAACGAAUUGGAUAAAGGUAAAGGUGAUAACAACUCAUUGUUCAGAUUGUUAAAGUCAGACUUUCAUCCAGUAAAGAUGAAUCUUCAGCAAAUACAAGAAGAUAUACGGAACCUUCGUCCUAGAGAAGACAAGGGAGAGGUCGGAUUCGGUAAACAUGAUUAUUAUGUUGUUAGAAGUAAGUAG